AUGUCUUCAACGAAAGACUAUGUUUUAAACAUAGAGACGGAUGCCAAUGAGAAGGCUGUGAAAUUCACGGUCCAAAACAGACCUUCUUUCUUCUUGCGCUACUUGCGUAUGCCACUAGUGGCAGCUCUUGUGGCAUUAUGUGUACCAUCAGUCAUGAAACUACGGGAAGGCUCGCUCCAAUCGGGUCUCAAACCACAUCACUUUCUUUUGCAUGUUCUCCAACAGUCCAUAUCAAACCACGGAAUACUCCUACAUGGUGAUAUGGGUCGUAUUCUCGCCGUCGCAGCAUAUCUCUUUGGGGCCAUUCUACUCGCGUCGUUGCAACAACCCUCUGACUCUAUCAUGAUAAUGGAAAAUUUAGGAGUGCAGCUCAAUAGUCGCUCUUGGUGGAGUUUCACUAGUGGUAUGAGCAACGGCGAGUUUAUUCCGUUAUCUGACAUGAUCGACAUUGUAAUUCAUGAAGGAUUCCACGGGUAUGGACAAGUGAUUUUUUACAUGUGCGUCUUAACACGAGCUAAAAGUACGCAUCCAGAUAGCGGAACCGGCAACAGCGUCAAAGUGGUGUUUCCAAACUUUCUUCCGAGAAAGGAUAUACUCCUACAGGUAUGGAAACAGAGUAGAGCAUUGUUGUAUGGACCUACCCGCAAACACUACAGAAGAGUUCCAGGACAAGGACUACGGGAAGUUAGUACUAUGUUAUAA